AGUAGACACAAACUUUCCUUGUGACAGCAACUUUUGCUCAACAAAAAUAAGAGUUUCGGGUUCGCAGGAUACAAGAUAUUCGCAGAAAUCCUGUGGAAAAUCGGAUGAGUCGGGAGUCGCGAUAUCGGGAAAUAAGGAAUUCCAUUUAGUUAGUUCCGGUGGUGGCGUUUUUGUAUCGUUCGCUUCCAGGUACAACUCCCAGUCUUGAAUCCGACGUAGCUGGCUCGCUUCCGACUUUUCCUCGCAGGGAUGCAACCCUUGAUGGCGCGGCAUGGCGAGUAAUUCGGCGAAUUUUCGCAGAUGCUCACGGUUUGACCGUUCGAGAUGAAUCGAUUCGUGGUGGAAUUCGGAGGAAAAUUAUGAGAAGUGGAAAACAGAUUGUCCGGGAAAAGUGUAAGUGUUGUGAACGGUGGCCAAGGGCGUUCCGAAGGCAAGUGAAAACCCACCCUGAGCACAUUGUGGUUGGAAAUAGUGGAAAAAUGAAAUAGAAUUGUGUCCGUGAUGCCAAAAUCGAGCGAUUUGAAUGACUUCGAUUUUAGCGGAAGUGAAAGCAGUGCGGGUCAGCGGAGCGCCGCCUUUCCUAUUCACGGAGCUGGCAAUGGGGUCUCGCAGAGUUGCAGUGCGGUGCCGACCACUGGAUCGGUCAGCGGAGCAGGGAGCGGACUGAAUGGACCGGGUGUAGGGGUGGGCGGGGGAGUCGGAAGUGGAUGUGGCGGAGUCAGCCUGGCUAGUAGUGGUAGUGGUGGGGGCGGAAGUGUGACAGGAAGUGGAAGUGGUGGCAAUGGACCAAACAGUGGGGGCGGGGCCGGUGGAAGCGGAAGCAAUUCGAAAAAGUAUCGCCAUCAGAACUUCAGCAAAAAUAUUUACAUCGGAACGAAGAACGCUGAAAGAUGGGACACGACCAGGCAGCGACUGGCUUUCAAAAACGACGUGGAAUUCGUCACAUAUCUCCUGAACUUAGCGGAUAGCGACACAAGCAGGAAUUCAAGCCUUCCAUCUCUAUCAGCUACAUCCAAGUCUUUUGCGACUAUCAAGCUUGAACCAAACCUAAGUGCCAAAGAUUUUGGAAAUAGUCAGUCCGACAACAGUAGUUACCUGCCACCUUCAAGGAAAAAGCACGGGAAACGUGUUCAGUUCCAAGAAGCCCUGAACGGAUUUGUGGACAAGUCCAAGAAUUUUCCAUCCUUCACCUUAAAGCACAAUAAAAAGCACAACCAACAUCACGAAGCACAACAGGAUCAAUCGAUAAGCAGUAGUUUGGACGAUGAGAAUAUUCCAGAAGUGCUAGAUUGCCGAAUAGCGGAAAAGAUUCAGGACGAGCUUGAAAAGAAAUCCGCAAAUGGUUGUGAGAAAUUCCUGGACGACACAAUGUCAACGGACUGCAAUAAGGGUGCUAUUUGUCUUAAGAAAACGAACGAAUUCAUAAAAACUUACGAUCGCAGCGACGAGGAAGAGAACGAUGAGGAAGAUGUCGAUGAGGACGAGGAUGAUGAGGAAGACGUGGACGAGGAAGAUAAUCCUGCGAAUAGUGAGUUUAGGAUACGCGAUCGAUCAAAAAAGAAACAUGAUAUACGAAAAGCGCCCCUGAAUGGGAAGUUUGACGAUAAUGGUCCUGUGGAAAACAGGAACGGGAUCGAAAAGAGCAGUGACAAUGAAGAGGAUUACGAAAAGGACGAUGAAAUGUCUGACAAUUCACGUCUAAAUAGUAUGACACGCUUGGUUCAGUCGUGCAGAGAGUGUACUUUCUCACAUGAAUAUGAAAAGUGUCCUUUCCGGAAUGCAGUCAAUGAUAUUUCAGAUUGCGUAGAUUUCACGACAUGGAAGGAUCAGGUCACUGAUCAGGAAACAUCAGUUCCCAACGAAAGCAACGAUCACGGGAACGAAGAAGAUAACGAGUCGACUAGAAGCUCUAGUGCGACCAACACACCGAAACGUCCAAGUGUGUUCCAGCAUUUAUCAUUCUCUGAAGCUUCCUUGCCCCCUCAACUCGAGAUACGCUCUUCGGGGGCGGACUUGUGUGGGGUAUUCACAAAAAUUGAUAUUCCAGAACUGACACGGUUGGGUCCUUUGAUAGGGGAGGAUGUUCAAGCCAACGACAUUCCUGAGGACUGUAAUAUGCAGUAUGUUUUCGAGAUUUUCAACGGUUCAAAGUCACAAUUCAUGUCUAUGGAAAAUCCGAAUACCUCAAACUGGAUGCGGUAUGUUCGUAUUGCUCCGACGUAUGACGAGAGGACUGUGAAUUUGGUGAAUAUCGAGCAGAAAGCGUACUUUGUGACGUGUGGAGAUUUGAAAAGUGGCUGUGAAUUACUGUACUGGAGCGACGAAUGCAAUUCGACGUGGCAAAAGAAGUACACGGAGAAAACAAAUUGCGGUGGUUGCAAUAUGAAGUUCGAUCAUCCCAUCUACUAUCGAACGCACUGUUCUGUUUUUCACGACCCAUCCUUCAGUUUGACCAUAAGAAAGUAUCAUUGUAAAAUUUGUGGAGAAGCUGUUCUGGGAAAGGAAAAUAUAAUGAAACAUGCGGCACAAAUGCAUGACGGGAAAGGCGCAUAUCAGUGCCAAUUUUGCAAAAAGUUCUUCCUUCGACUGAAUUAUUUAGAAAUGCAUCGAACUUAUGGCUGUAGUGCAAAUCCGCAACGGGCAAGGCCUCUUUGCGACUUUUGCGGUCGGAAAUUUUGUCAACCGCAAAAGCUUAAAGUCCAUAUCAAACGGAUGCAUAGUGAUAUGGCGGAAGUUUUACGAGACUUCCAAUGCAAACUUUGUUCGAAAUUAUUAGGAUCAAGAGCAGCAUUGCAGCGACAUUGUAAAGAAGUCCACAGUAGAAAUUCAACAGUAGUUAGUUGUCCCCGUUGUCAAAAACUCUUCCAAAAUAGAAGUAACCUUAAGAUCCACAUGCUCACGCACUCUGGGGUUCGACCCUUCAAAUGUGCCGAAGCGGAAUGUACAGCAGCUUUUACAACCAAGCAGUGUCUGCAGUUCCACUACAAGAAAGUGCACAAUUAUACGCAGGAUCAAAUGCCUAAAAUUGAGAGAAGUGUUGCCUAUACGUUUGAUGCUUAUUCUGGCGGCAUGAAGGUCGACUUCUUAGAACAAGCGCCUCGACGUCGGCGAAAGAGUCUUGAGGAUCAGAAUUCAAUUCUCAGUUCCACUAUGAUGGAAGAUAGUAAAAGUGAAUCUGAAUACUCCGAGGAUAAUAUUUUUGAAAAUAUUAAAAAAUCGGGAAAAUCCAUAAAAGACCUCUGUCGAAAUGAAACGAACCUCUCCCUCCUUUCGUCCAAAAUAACUUCCAUUUACAAUAAAGAAGUAGGUAAGAAGCGAAAAAGAAAGUAUCGAGCCAGCACUCCAAAGGAGAGCAUCGAUGAAGAGGAUAGUCAAGAUGAUCGCUUCGAAAAGGCUCGUCGGAAGCAAAACGCUCAACUGAGUCUAGUCGAGUCAUUCCUGUCCACAACGGCCCAAAGGUUAAACGCAGUCGGUGCAAACGUAGACGACGCCCAAAAACUAAUUGGCGAUCAAGUAGAGCUUCCACACCAGCAGCACCAGCCACAAGAAAACGACAAUAAUUUUAGACACAUUGCAAACAUGAAGGAUACUUCAAACCAUUGCCAAAACCUAGUUGUAAGCAAGGGAAGUAAAAAAUGGAUCAGCGACGAUGAACGUCACAUUCGGGAUGUUGGGGUGGAGGAUGUGGCUGCCAGUAAAAUGAUUCCAAACCGAGAUUUUUUGGCAAGAUUUAUGAUGAACAACGCAGACCAGAGCCACGUACAACACGAAGAGGAUGAAAACUCGACUUUCUUGGAUGUGGUGGAUUCCAAUAAUCCGGGACAAAUGUCUCAAUUCCAUGAGGCGCAGGAAAAUCAAUCGCAGCUACAUAUGAACCCCAUAACACAUCCACAAUCAUUCAUAAGUUCGUUUUAUAACACAACGAACCCACGACUGACAGCAGGAGGUGCUACUUCGUCGGCUAGUAUGCUGGUGGAAGCUGCAUUGAAUUCAGUUGGAAGCAUGAUAGACAACGAGGGGAACGGGAUAAAAUGCCCAAACAGUUCCACAUUAGAUAGCGACAGUAAUAUCAACGCUCAAAUUGAAGUGGAUAACAACCGUUUUGGGAGUGGUAUGAGCAACAUUGAAAGUUUAGAAAACGAAAUCAAGAUGAUGAAGAAUAUGAACAACUUUCCCAUGCAAAUUCCACCACUGCCAAUGUUCCAAAGUACCGCGAGUAAUUUGAACUCGUGCAACAUUUCACCCGAUACCUCGAACAAUAACAACAACAGUCAUAACAACGCCAACAACAAUAACAAUAAUGACAUAGAUGUGGACUCCUCAUCAACACCUCGAGGUCAACAGAUUUCAGAUCAAGAGAAAUUCCCCAGUCACCACCAUACGCCUCCAUCGCCCCAAGUAAUCUCACCUGGAAGGGAUUACACUAUGUUCGGGACUGGAAACGGAGGAAAUGGUGGGGCGGCUAACAACAACAUAUCAUCUUCACCCCUACCUCCUUUGCAAUCGCGAAGAAGUUAUCCUGAACACGAGCUUAUUUCACCCGCAUCGAGCCCCUCCAUCCCACGAUAUGACUUCAGUGGCGAGAUUUGUCGCAAACGAGCCGAACAACAGCAGGACGAUCGAGGACAUAACAACCUGUCUGUACAGAACCAAAUGUCCAGCGAUGAGGAGAACAGUAUCAUAGCACAAAAUAGUACGGCAAGCGGCGAGGAGAUGAGAAUGAAAUUUAGUUCCACCCAAAUGGAUCUCAUGUAUUCCAAAUACGACGGAGUAGCGAACUCCACAAUCAAGUACAACAAUAAUCAAGAACUGGAUGUAUCAGGUUUCCGAAGCAACGCGGGAAGUGAUAUUUCAGACAUGCAGGGUCUAGAUAUGACCUCUAGAGCUAAUAUCGGUGCCAACUAUCAUCACAACUUCCAAUUGCCUGCGACGACAAGCACGAACUUAGGCUUAGGACGAUAUCACCAUCAUAUCUACGACAUACUCUCAGAGCGAGAGCAGCAGCAACAACAGCAGCAUCAACAACAACAACAGCAGCAACAGCAACAAGACCUUUCCAUGCAGCACCAAUCCCUCCAUAAUAUGAUGCCUGAACAACUUUCCGAGCAGGAUCAUGACCAGGCUACUUCCGUUGAUCUGAGUCGCACAGCGAACUACGCUGUGGCUUCUCCACCUGCUCUAUCCUACCCUCAUCCCCACCACGAUAUGCUAAGGAUGGUAUCACUAGACUUGACCCCAAAUACCAAUAUGGCAGUGGGCAACAACCGAUCAUUUCUUCCCUCUCAAAUAGGACAACAUAAUAGUCGAGAAUCUCUCGAUCACCAUCGCCUUCUAUCUACCGCUGAACAACACCGACUCUUGGCUGCUUCCAAUCCGGAGCAGCAUCGUCUUCUUGUUGAUCCUACGGCCCAUUUGCUGAUGGAGCAAAAUAACCGUCUUUUGGGGACGGAUCAGAGCCGCUUAUUGGGCGACUCAACUCAAAAUCGACAUAUGAUGUCGGCUCGUAGCUUUGGAGCGUAUCACCAAGGUAACUAUCAUCCAACUGUGCGUCCCGUGUUGCCUUCUACUAAUCACCAUACACCGAACCCAUCAAACUACCAUCCAUUCCCAGCCUACUAUUAGAAAUACUAUGGAUUAGGUUUGUCACCAAUUUCGAGGUUUUGUUUUUAGGAAAAUUUUUAUAUUAUUUUGAGCGUUGGCUAACGAGGCUUUGUUUGGAGCUAUUGCCUACCUAAAAAGGGAAAACCUUCAUAUUUGUUAAUACUGAAGCAGUUCUCCUACAUCCAACCAGGCAACCGCUUUUAUAUGCUAUUCUCAGUUAAUUUCGGAUUGACUAUCUUUUUCUUCCCGUUCGGUAGCGGGGUUGAUCCACCUAGAUCGGACUCAUCAGUGUUAAUGACAGAAGCGAACCAUCAAACGUGCUUUUUUAAAAACAUCUCGAUGAUGUAUCUAACUUGAUUAUACUGAGAUGCGACGUUGACCAGUACAAAAUCUUCCUCCACAUAUUCGCAAUCGACUGCGUUCACCUUGUUCAAACUUGCUCGAGGAGAAAUACUUUGGAUGGUAGUGACUCCUCAACGAUUGUCACCGUGUCCUUAGGAUUUCAAGGAGCAGGGCAGUGCCUCUUUUUAGUUGCAACGGAAUUUUUAGGGAUUUUCGAGUUUGGUUAUCCGUCGCGGUCUUAGUAGGGCCUCUGACAGGGGGUUCUACUCUAGGCAAGCGCCACCACUGAUGAUCCAAUCGGAAUUCUCUGGUUCUCUUUGUCAUCGGGAAGUGCUUGAUAUAGAAUCUUGCUCAAUAUUAAGGAUUAUCGUUUUUCAUCAUCAAUGGAUAUUCUCGGACAGGGGGUGCAGCCCUUUUUCAUCAGUCUCCUCUGCUCGAUCUCACAUUUGAUUGAUGUACCUUUAGGUUAUCCUCCAGGCGUGGUGGAGUAACAGAGGUCACAAGGCGUUCAGUGAUGACUCUGUGGAUUCAUUUGAGCAUAUGUUUCCAGACAGGCAGUAAACUGGUUACUUAUUUUCAAAUGAAACGUUCAAGCGUCAAUUGUUGUUUCUCCAUAAUUCUCUUUCCUGGAUUCCCCAAUUUGACGACAUCUAUUCGCGUGAGUGGUGUUCAGUGUUUAUCCCCUUCCAGGCACCACGAGGGUAUUGCCAGUGGUGUUUCUUAAAUUUCAGUGACACAUGGGAUCUAUUCUCGCCCAGUGAACAAAAGAUUCAUUAUCAUUAUUUCAUUAUCACUAUACCUAUGUAGGUAUGUAGGUGUGCUGAGUUAAAGUCUAAUCUAAGGUCAGCUCUUGGCGGUCUUGAUGGCUGACUUGUACUUCUUCAGGCAGUCCUUGUAUGGCUGCCAAUAUUUAUGUCAGUAGCAGAUGUUAAAGAUUUUCCUGGUCAGUUUCCUGAGGCUGGAGAGACCUUCAUUACACCAUGGUGGCAGUGUUUUCUUGGUGUAUUUAACAAGGCACGAGAUUUUAAAGGCGUUAUCGAAUGCCUUUUCCAGAGCCCCCUUUGACUCCAGUUUGUCUGUCGUGCAUAUUUGUACACCGGAGAAUUUGUUCUUAAUUAUUUGACCAAACUUCCUCCAGCCAAUCUUCCUGGUGUCUGUGAAGGGUUCGGAGACCUCUGCGGCGAGACCUAGACUGAAAAGUAUCCAACUAUUAUCUGAGAAGGAUUUCCGGUCAGACACUCUCCAGUUCUCCACCCUAAGAAUCCCAUUGUCGGUUAUUAUAGCGAUAUCAAGGACCUCCUUCCAACCAUUACAGUUCUCCGAAGCUGGAAGGUUAAUGUACUGCCCUUGUUACACGUCGAUAUAUUUGUAUUAAAAGUAAAACCAAAGAGUGACGCACCUCUCUCGUUUAUUUUCAAAGCGUAUGCCUUGCAUAGGCGUCGCAACCUAUCAACAGGUUGGCCUUCUUUGUUGCUGAGCUGGUCAUUAAAUGGUGUAGUCCUUCUGACGAAGUUGAUCAGUCGUAGGCCAUGUAAGCCGAGGAAAUAUUCACGUUCUCUGCCUCCACCUGCCCCAGUUUGACCACGACUAGGUCGCUGGAACUCAGGUCCGGACACUGAAAAACAUACAGAGUCAUCUUCACGAGGAAACAUGCUCUAGGUCUGUCCUGAUCAGCGUCUCCUUUGCUGUGAAAUAAUUUAUAGUACUUGUUUUUGAACCCAUUGAUGGUUCGGUUGCCUCCGAUCCAAGGCUGCGAUGCGAUGUCGAUGUUUUCCUCCUAGAGGACGAUAAGUAGAUUAGCCGAGGUACAUUUUGAGUGCAACAGAUUUACCAGCGUUGCCCUCAGCAUGAUCUGCUUGCGUGGGAGGCUCGUCAGUUCCCGUCCGACCAUCGAUCCUCACCUCCUCCAACAGCUCGUUGGCGGGGUCGAUUGGAUUCAGAUCGUCGUCCGGUUUUCCUGAGCGGAACACUUUAAACUUUGCGUUCCUGAUUCCGAACCACACUUUAUAAUUUACUUUUUCCAGUGCCUCCAGGCAGUCUCCAUUUAUACGGAGCAGAAAAAGUUGACUGUUUGUCUGGAGAUCCUCCUCCUUGAUAACUACGCAGUCAUCUAUGGGAAUCCUGGGGUUUUGAAAGCGCAGGGAUUGGACGAGCUUGUCUUUAUCCAUGCGGAUUUUUGCCAACCAGAUGCCAGCGAUCGGUCUCCUGGGAAUCUGGAAAUAGGGGAUGACUUUGAGCUUUACGUCCUCCCAAGCGUCGCUGAUCUUAACGACGCACGAAGCAAGAAACUCCCUGCUCGAUGCUCAAUGACCAUCUUAGAUAGCCUGGCUUCAACACUCGCCCACACUUCUGGCGCUAGUUUGCCGCUAGCGGAAUCGCCAUCCUCCAGCGCCUCACGUAAGUGGCUCCUGGGGGUUUCGCAGUUCGUUACUUUUCUCCAGAGGUUGCUUAGUGUUCGAGCUCUUGCUCACUCGGCUCCGUUUGUGUUUUUGUUCGACCUCGUCUUGCGAUUGAUUACGUUUGAGAGCGGUGGGCUUUGCCUUUUGCUCGGCUGCCAAGCGUUUGCUGCUGUAUUUCGUAACAAUCACCUGGUAUUUAACGAGGUCCUUUUCAUCCCACCGAUUGUACUGCUGUCAAUGGCUACUGUCUCCUGGCUGAAUGCCAGCAGCUCGUCCUCAGAUGAUAUGCCUGGAAUCACCACCUCUUCUUCUCUCGUAAGCUUAUUUUAUUUUGAGUCCAUGUCUUGGUCGCAAGAGUGGUCUGGGAAGAAUGUCCACCAGGGUAAGGUUCUAUUAUUCCACCUUGGCUUGCGGUCUCAUUAGCCGCUAAUCCAGUGCAGAGAGGACAAUCCCCGGUCUGUUGCUUCGGUUAAUCCCCGCCAGAUCCACUUGCCCCUAAUACAUGACUAGCAUGCAAGCAAAUCAUCGUCAUUUGGAUGAGCCUACUCCCAGCCAAAAUCCACACGCUCUUAGCUGAAGUUAGAGCGAGCGAGCAUUUUGAAGAGCCCUGGAUACCGUCAUCGAGAAUCGAUAGAACUUCCAGAAUCCAAUCCCUCAAUUCACAAACAAACACGCCUGUUCAAAUUGUCGGUGUUGAUGUGGCUAGAGUAGGCGGAUCCGGAGCGGAAACUCCCUUCUCUACUCGAUGAAGCCUUCGGCCUUUUGCGGCCACUCCACUAUCCCUAACCAGCACAAUAGUAAAUUCCCAUUUGCUAUGAAGUACACCACAUUGUACCUCUGAAAUUUGUCGCGGUAGCGCAACUUAAGGGCAUUACGUUCGCCCCCACUUGUAAUGGCAAUAAGAGCCUUUAAUUCUCUAGAUUGGUCAAUGCGCUUCCAAGUUUCGGUAGUCAGCCAUGCCCCUUCAGGACGCGACCAACAAUUUCACUAGCUCCUAGAAAAAGAAAAUACUUAUGAGACCUGUUCAAUGCUAAUGUCUGCCGUCCAUUCAGCAACAUAGUGUUCUCCCUGUCGAACGUCAGCUGGACCCCAAACCAGGCUGUGUUGAGUUUCAGGAUUGAGGCGGACACAAUACACAUUCGAUGUGAUUCAACAGCUCCUGGGCGAUGCUCACAUGAUUCUCUGGUCAAAAUUAACCAAUUCCCAAGGAAACUUUACUGACACAUCUUCUAUACCCAAAACAUUCGGUCAAAUUGCUUGACACCGACCAAACAAGAUGUUGAUUCCAUCAGCAACUUCCAUAAUAUUGAUUCAACGAUCCUUCAACAAUUUUCGAUCCUGAUGUGUGUAGUAGUUGCAGUCUGUUUCCAUGGAUUCCUGAUUAUUCUAUUUACUUCCGAGUUAGCCUCAGUGUCGAAUCUGAUUAUUUUGUGAUCCGACAUAGAAGGCUCAGCCGACACUGACCAAUUCUUGAUCAAACCGCUCAUCAGUGUGUUCCCUAGUGUUAUCUCUAGUACCUCUUGUCUGGUGCUGGUCAUGAAUGUUGGCGGUGUUCGCUAACUUGUUACUGAGGAUUAAUGUUAAAAGGUAUCUCUUCGAGUAAUGUCAUCGCUUCCCCAGACCUCAUGGCGGGCGCAGCCGAGAAAAAAUGGUAGCGCCUUACUCUCGCAGAACUUCGCCAGCAUAGCGCCUAAUUCCAGUAGGAUCUAGGUUUCGUCUCCAGGGAAAUAUCCACAACUACCUCUCAAGUUCUUCCCUCAGCUUGCAGGGCGACUUGGGCUGCCUCAGGUUCUCCAGUUAGAAAUUUUGAAAGACAUAUGUAUUUUAAGUUUUUUUUUUUUUUGAGAAUGAUGCAAGCUUUUGGUUUUUCACAAAAGGAAUCCCAAAUUUCCUCCUUCUAGACCGCAAGUCUGCAACCGGUAGACCCAGUGUCUUGAGCCGGCACUCUUCCAAUGUUAUUCUUGGAACUUGCCCAUGCAAUUAUUGCAGAUGCAGAUGUGACGUAGUGGAUGUUUACCUGAGCUAUUUGAGUGCUGGUUAUCGACUCCGUUAGUGAUUCUGUUAGUGCUCUUCUCCAAUGUCAGGGCAUUACCCUCUUCCGACAUCGCAGUUCCUUGCGUUUCUUUGUCCGAUUUGAGCUCUAAAAGCCUAGAUCAAGGCUGUCCAGCUUCUCCUCUUCUGUGGGCAACAGGUCAACUUCCCUGCUCGGUGCUCCCAUUUCAACCGCUAUGACUUCCGCGAUUGCUUCGGGGACCUUAGUAGAUUUACCAUCCGAUGUCUCCUCCGAAGUAUGCUUCCCUGAUUUCUCCCUGUGCACCUGCACAAGUUUGCUGCCAAAUGCGUAAUUGAUAAGGCAGUUAUGACGUUUAAUUGUCUCCAAGGAUCGGUCAUAUAUCUCGAUCGUGUGGAGUUUGUCUUUGCUUUUCUACUUGCUUGGAGUAUGGAGAUCCAUGUUUGGAGAGAUGAGGAGUUGUAAAAGCUUCCCCGUCUACAAUGCUGCGACGAAGGUAGAUCGUCACCAUGUGUGUCCCUAGUAUAUCAUCUCCAAAGUAUGUCGAUAGUUCCGUUCCGUUCCAUCUUGACGACUAUAGUCCUAAGCAAGUCUGCUGUGUCCUCCGUCGCGCAGUCUACUAGUAGAGGAUCUGGUCCAAAGCGUGUGGUGGUGAACGGGGCACAAUAGUUCUUCAAGGACGCGGUGCGACUUUCCCUUAACAGAAUAAUAAUGGUGGUGAACACGAGGUUCUCAUUCCAUCCCUUACAUAUCUUCAUGAUAAUGAAGUUCUCAAUUAUUUCUUGCUCCUCACAAGUAUCCGGAAAUACUUUCGGCAGUAUGGUCAGCCAAAUGCUCUUUACUACUUAUUAUAUUUUAGAUAACGGUGAGUCUCUUGGCUUUUGCCUACACCGCUGACUGCCUCGAGACUUUCCCUCUCUUAGGCUAUGGUUUAGGUCCCUUGGGAGCAUUUCCUGUUUGCGGACUGAUUGCCGCUACUCCCCGGUUUCUUGGCUCUGAUGCUCAAGGCUUAAGUCUGUCCUGAGUUUUCUUAAGAGGAACUUCCUCUGGUUUCAAGCCGUCCUUCAGAUAGCGCAGAUACCAUUUAGCACCUGCGGCCCCGAGAAUUGUCUCCUCCCUGACGUCUCAUAUAGUGACCGCCGACGGAGCAGGAAGGAGCAAAGGUCUCAGCUUUUUAAGGUGGUUGUGGUCUUCUCAGUAGGCCAAUGUUGACCUUGGCUCCACUGCUUGACCUCCCAACUUCUCCCUUCUUGGGCAUGGUCAUCUGACACUCAGUAUUACGGAGAUGUGGUUCCGCCUGAUAGGCAAGUCUGUGUGCGGUACGGGAUCUCGCUUGUUUGAUUUGUUGGUUUGUUUUUUUUUUGUAUUACUCGUAUAAUUCCCACGAACAUGGAGGUUAGGGAGUCCGGCGUGCCAUAGCCCUCUAGCACGGUAAAGUGAGGCUUCGAUUGAAUACAUUCAGGGCAUUGACUGCAAACUAUCCAACGGGCGCGGUUCGCAUAAAUCCCUGGAUUGAGGGAGAUGUCUAGAUCCGUAACGUUUUGCUAAUAGUAUAAUUACCUCGUACAGGGUGUAGCUGUCACCGCCCAUUAACGGUCUUGGGAGGCAAGAGGCUUGGCUCUUGGAGAGCCACACAUCAAUCCCAGAGGGAGAUAGGUUGGUUCCCAGAAUACUGUAUUCGGUAUUAGUCUGUCCUAUAGUCUUCUGCUUGUCCCCUGUGACCGUAUAUGGUGGGGUUCACUUUAUAAGCCAGGACGAUGAAUCCUCUCGUCCAACUAUCUAUCAAAUGGAAACGGAUACAUUCUUUGUAAUUUGUAUAAAGAUUUAUAGUGUCAAUCGGUGAUUUAGGAGAACAGUGAAAAGAGGCUUGAUAAGGCGUCAAGCAGGGUGCAUUGGAAAUAUUUUACUCCUUAAGAGAUAAUAUAUGUAUGUAGUUAGGGCCUAGGGGUUAGCUUGGUAAAACACUUAUACAAAUAAUUUAUUUUAAUUAUUUAAAAGAGGGUAUAUACUUCUCAUCCCAUCCGUUCCAGCCCCGAAGCCCUUCCUUAAAACAGAUAAUAAACAUCAUAGAAUCCCUACUAUUAUCAGUGGAUUUACUCGUGGAAUGGGAUAACUCAGAGAACAGGACGAGCUCAAUGUAUUUAUAUGAAAAUGGACUUAAAUUUGUAACUUUCAUAAAACAAGUUAAUUAUUUAUGUUUCCAUAUUGUACUCGCAUUUUGUUAAUUUUGUUAUUGCUUAGGAACCCUAUUUUCUUAGUCGGCACCAUUUUGUUAAUGUUUUUCGCUCUUAUUUGUGCUUCCAUUUUGUUUUUAAAAUUGUAAGGUCCUUCAUCCUUGAAGAAUGGAAAAUAGGUGUAUUUGAAAGAACUCAUGAAGGGUCAACCACGCGGUAGAAUCAAUAAAACAAAUUUAAUGAAUUCGAAAUUGUAAAAAAUAGGAACUAAUAUUUUUAUAUAAUCUUUGAAAGGCAAAACCAUUUGCGAGACUCUUUCGUAUAACAUACUAAAACAAAUAUAUAAAAUAUGUAUACAACGUUCAGGAGCGUGAACCCCCCUCGCGGGGUUUCGUAGUGAACUUCUUAACUGUAAGUUUAAAUUGAAUAAAAUAAAACACACACACCUAUAUAAACUACUGUAAUUAAUUGCGUAUUGUACUCUGCUGUAGAAAUGAAAAAUGUGCCAAAAUUAAAAGACAACGCAACAAUUUGAAGAACAUAUUUUUAAGUGUACAACAAGUUUCCAAACAAAAUUAAAAUCAGGCAUUUUAUACAUGAAAAAUAAAUUUAUAUAAAAGCUGUGAAUAAAUGUAAAAAGAAAAAGAAAAAAAAAAUUAUAAAAUUUUGAGGCAAAACAUGCAAAACCUAAAACAACUCGAACGAAAAAUUAACACCACCUUAUCCUCACAAGAUGAAAAUAUUCUUUCAGACAUAAAUACAUAGAAGCAAACAAUAAAUAACACACGCAUACAAGUACAAACUUAAAUUUGAAUAAAAAAAAAAUGGAGAAUGAAAAAAUAAUUCGCAAAUUUAUAUAUUGAAGGCAUACAAACAGGCGUUACCCCCGCAAAAUGGCGUCCACGUUACAAAAAAGUAACCGCCAUUGGUAGAUAUUAUGAUUUCCCCCCAAUUGAAGGGAAGCUGUAAAAAAGGAUUAUUGAAAAGCCGCGAGGAUAAGAAAUACAUCGACCAACCCUACAAAAUCUAUAUACGAACAGAAGAGCAAAUAUUGUCUUACAUACUCUUAUUAAUUACUAUAUUUGUAUGUCUUGAAUUAAUUAUUGAUAUUAUUAUUGCAUCACAUACAAGAGCAUGUACUGUAGCGAUUAAAGAGAAACUGAUCAUACGUUUAAGUGUUUAAGUUCGUUGUUAGUUUUACAAGGAAACAAAUAAAAUAAUUACAUAUUCAUAAUAUUAUUACAAAUUCUUUUUAAACGGAAUAAGGAGAUUAUAAAGUAAAAACAGGACAAAAUAAAUGUACCAUUUGUUUACUA